AUGGCCGAGAAGCGGGCCAAGAAGCCGCGCAAGAUCAAGAUCAACAUGACGCUGGCCAAGUACGAGGUCAUCAAGAAGAUCGCAAAGGACCGGGGGUGGAAGAUGGUGUCGGACGAAGACGACAAGGCAGGGAUUGCGAGCUGCAACCUCCACUGGAUCGACGUGCCCGACUUCCUCAAUACGUUCAAGCACAUGCAACCGUUCCAGAAGGUCAACCAUUUCCCUGGCAUGUCCAACUUGGCGCGCAAGUCGAAGCUCGCCCGCAACUUCCAGCGCAUGACCAAACUCUUUCCAGCCCAGUACGACUUUUGCCCCAAGACGUGGAUCUUGCCGUUCGAUUACACGGAAUUCUCGCAGCAAUUCAACGCGGACGGGACGUCGUCGCGCGCGUUCAUCAUCAAGCCCGACCACUCAUGCCAAGGCCGUGGCGUCUUCCUCACCAAACAACUCAAGGACGUGAGCAAGACCGACAUCUUUGUGGCGCAGCGCUACUUGCCGUCGCCCUUGCUCAUUGGCGGCAAGAAGUUUGACCUGCGCAUCUACGUGCUCAUCUCGUCGAUCUCGCCGCUGCGGGUGUACCUCUUCCAGGACGGCCUCGUCCGCAUGUGCACGGCCGACUACACGGCGCCGAACGCGGCCAAUAUGGAGCAGAAGUUCAUGCACCUCACCAACUAUGCAAUCAAUAAACGCUCCAACAACUUUGAGAAAAACAAAGACGAGGCUGUCGAUGGCCAAGGCAGCAAGCGGUCGCUGCGCUGGUUCCUCUCGUGGCUCGGCGAGACGCACGCCGCAGCCGCAGUGGAUGCGCUCUGGGAAGGCAUCGGUGACAUUUGCCUCAAGUCGAUCCUUGCGGUCCAGCCGACGAUCGCACACGAGUACCAUAGCACGUUUGCAAAAUUCCCCAAGCGGCCCGACGACCACCCCAACGUCGCGUCCUCAAGCUUUGCCGUCCUUGGCAUGGACGUGCUUGUCGACGACCACCUCAAGCCGUGGCUCCUCGAGGUCAACCAUUUGCCGAGCUUCCAUUGCGACUCGCCCCUCGACUGGAACAUCAAGGAGCGGCUUCUCAACCAAACGCUCGAUAUCAUGCAAAUCUCGGGUGACGACAAGGCCAACUACGAGAGCACGCAGGCCAAACACCUCCAGCAGCGCCUCUACGGCGGUGAGAGAGCGCCCGACGUCGACAACAAUCAAGACGGCGAUGGGCCCGAGACAACCACGAUGCCAGCCGCGUCCUCGCCGCCCAUGUCGCGCGACGAUCUCACAAAGGCCCUUCUCGCGUUCUACUCGGACAUGAACCCGGAAAAGUGCAAGGACGUCCCGCUCAUCGUGCAAAAGUUCGAACACAACCAAGACGAGCUCCACAAGAGCUUGCAGGCCAAGUACACGAAAGGCGUCUUCGACUAUGCCCCCCAGUGGGACGGCGAAGAGCUCGUCGACUUUGUCCGCUUGUACCCGCCGCCGAUUGCGACCGCGAAAAACGCCAUUUACAAGAAAAUGCUCGAAGCGUGCCAGAGCAACAUCCAAGACCAACUGCUGCGCCUUACGGCACCACUCCACCGCAAGGGCGACGAAAGCACCAAGCUCCCGCCGAUCCUCAAAGGCGGAAGCAAGAAGGAGCUCGGACGCGACUGCUUUGGCUACACUGGCACGGACAAGCUGCACCAUCUCGAACUCAAGGAAAAGAAGCCACUCGCGAUGCCGGGCCCGGCCCAGCACUUGGACGUGGCCGUGCCCGUGCGCCCCAUGUCGCAAAACGCCGGGCCGCCGCCUCGCCGCGACAGUGUCCAGCCUCAAAACAAGCCGACGGUCGCCAUGACGCAAAUCACGUUUGGCGGCUUUGGCUAA